AAUAAAAAAAAAAGGCGAAGAAUUAUCCAAAUGUCAUUAUCAAUGAUUGUCAUCUUAAAUGGAAAACGGAAAAACAUGUAGAAAUUAGUAUAAUAAAAUAAUAAAGACAUAAAUUGAAACAAUUAUGGAGACUGAAGAACAUUUGUUAGCUUUGAAAGUUAUGAGAUUAACACGUCCUACAUUAGCUAGUCCUUUACCAAUUACUUGUGAUAGCAAAGAUUUGCCAGGAAAUCUUUUAAAUAAUGCCCUACAACAGGACCCAUCUGCAGUACCAGGUACUGAGACCUUGAAUAUAGGACAAUUUUUGCUCUUACCCCAAAACCCAGUAAACAUUUACCUAGGAGAGACAUUUUCCAGUUAUAUUUGUGUUUAUAGUGAAACUAAACAACUUGUGAAUAACAUAACUGUUAAGGUUGACUUGCAAACAAGUUCUCAAAAGUUGUCCCUUUCAAAUAAUCCACCAGCAGCCCAACUUGCACCUGAAGAAACAGUAAAUGUGGUUAUUCAUUAUGAAGUUAAAGAAAUUGGAACCCAUAUAUUGGUUUGUGAUGUAGGAUAUCAUAACGCAACAGGCAUACCUGUUUCAUUUAAAAAAUUUUUUAAAAUACAAGUAUUAAAACCAUUAGAUGUAAAAACAAAAUUUUAUACUGCACAAAAUGAUAAUGUCUAUUUAGAAGCACAAGUUCAGAAUAUUACUGCUGGCCCUAUUUGUUUAGAAAAAGUAGCCCUUGAUGCAUCUCAUUUGUUUUCUGUUUUACCCUUGAACACCAAUGAUGCAAAUGAAAGCAUAUUUGGUAAAGUUACAUUACUCCGCCCUCAAGCUGUGUGCCAGUAUUUAUAUUGUUUAUCACCAAAUGAAAAACUUAUAUCAGAUUUAAAGUCACUGAGUGGGGCGACAAAUAUUGGCAAGUUGGAUAUUGUCUGGAGAUCAAAUUUGGGAGAAAAAGGCAGGCUACAAACCAGUCAAUUGCAACGUAUGAGUCCAGAGUAUGGUGACAUAAGAUUGACUAUCACUGAAUUACCAAAUUUUGUGACCUUGGAGGAAUUAUUUACUUUUAAAUGCAAAUUGAUGAAUAAUGGUUUUAGUUACAUAAUUUUUAGAGAAAGGACUGUGGACUUCAUUUUGUACUUGGAAAAUACAGAACAUAUAGCUUGGUGUGACAUUUCGGGGCGAAAAUUAGAGCCCUUACCUCCCCAUAGCAGUAAAAUCCUGGAAUUUAAGUGCAUUCCUCUCAUACCUGGUUUAAGGAUGUUGUCUGGUAUCAAAUUAGUGGACACAUUUUUGGCGAGAACUUAUACAUAUGACGAGUUGGGUCAGAUAUUUGUUGUAUUAAAUGACCAGAAAAUUAGAAGUAAACAAAUGCAAAAAUAAAUGUUUUUUUUUUAA